UCCAGUAGAACCUGGACCUUACAACUUCUAUAGCUGUACAACUUCUAAACAGAGUUGUACUCUUGCCUCGAUUUGUAGCUUUACCAUAGCGGUCAGCCCUCCUUCAGACUGGUUGGAAUAGUCGAUGCCACAGAAGAGGGACUAAAUGCAAAAGUGUCAAGGAUCCAGGGAGCGUGAAGUUUAGGACAGUAGACAUGGCUAGUCGUCAAGUGUAUCACUUGGAUACUCAAGUUCUUUGGGUAUGCCAGGAUUUGGGAGAUACAAAUGCAAAUGCUGUCCGGAUCCGUAUAAGGUGACAGAAGUCUCUCGUGGGUCAUGUACAAACAGACGACAGUUUGGUGCAAGUUGCACCACUGUACGUCGAAGUGCUGCGAUUGGCAAUUGGGCACGAACAUUCUUUUUUCACAGUCUUUCUCCCUCUCGAGAGCUGGAAGAAGCAACGUGCCCCUUCAACUUCUUUACUCGCCAUUUCUUCAACCGAGUGCACAGUACGAUACAAUGCUGUACAACAGCUUUAGCACGGAGCCCAAGAUCGACUGCUGCUGCUGCUGCUGCUGCGCUCGGGCACGGAGCAGAGCUUUGCUUCCUGUUCAGGUGGAGGGAGGAAAGGUAUGCCGGAGUCCGGAGGACCCUUCACCUCCAUGUGCGAGCGAGCGAGCGAUUGUUGGAAGGUCUACUUCUUACCUCGAAAGAAGUGGCUGUACACUGUGCAGCAAAUGGCUUCUGCUAUUCAGACGAUGUUCAGCAGACUGCAGUGGAGUGCGUGUCCCAACUCAUCUUUUUAUUCGUGUCGCUAGCCUGAUUUCCUUCGCGGGUGGAGGAGAGCUCAUUAUAAAGAACUUAGUAAUCAGGAGUGGAGAAAAGAAGAAUUAUUAUUACUCGUGAUGUGGCGCAUGCUGGCGAAAGUCAUACAACAGCCAGCCAUUCAGACUGUCGCAUGAAUGGGAGAGGAUUAGGAGGGAAAGGAAAACUUUCCCUUCGUGUGAGCAGUGCUCAAUUUUCGUGGUUUCUUGUUUCGGGAAAAAGCUGAAUGAAUGGAGAGGAGACGACUGGAAAGUCAGGGCUGAAUAACGUGUGCAUAGUACACAGCAGUGAAUGCAUGCAUGGCCCGGUUGGUGGUGCUUGGGCUGUAAAUGCCAGUACCGCAGGAACUGAUACUGCAGCACGCAGCAAAUACCGUUGUACUGACAAAUAAUCGAAGGAAUUCGCCUCGGCAUAUAACCUAUAGAUGAGAUGUGUUUGUGACAAAAUCCAUGUCUCGAUUUCUAUAGAGGUGAAGGGCUGUAGCAGGUCGGCUCUUGUACAGGGUAGACAUAGGGCCACGAGGGUUCACUUUCUAAUUAUUGUGAAUCUUCUUGUCCUCUGCCAGUCAGAAAAGUGAGCACAUCCAGCCUUCAUCCUUAGUUUCCUGCCUUAACUUAUCAUCCUAACCGCUAAUUAGCAUCGAUGCUGCUCGGAGAGUGGAAUGAUUGAUCUCUGUAGAUACUGGCAUAAAAGACUUCUGAACUGAAACCUUCGGAGAUACCGUACAACCCACAUAGAUGAACAUACAAGGAACGAGGGAGAGAAAGAAGAGAGAGAAAUUUGAAUGCGUAAUUAUCUUUUAUCCUCGUGUAAUUAUUGGCAGCGCAGAUCAGAAUUCGAGAGUUGGACAGACUUCUCUGAAGAAAUUUGAACCUAUGGUCUAAAGAUUCCAUUUAUCACAAACACAAGGAGAGGGUGAGAGAGUGUGGCCUCACAAGCGCAGAGAUGAUUUGCAUCCACGCCAUCUCAUGCUUUAGGAGGUGGAUGAGAUCUGAGAUCGUGUGAAAAGGAUUUUCUUUCAAGGAUUUUCGAACUAGAGAGAAGCGUGAACCUCUGAAAGAUUCCACCUGUCUCUGGGGAGAGAGAGAAGAAAGAGACUACCGAGCAGCUUUAUGCUCAUCAAAGUAAAUCCACCUGUAUGCGUGCUGUAUAUAUCAAAAGAUACAGUACAGUCUCAAAACAACUGGGCUCAUGUAAAUUUGUCACAG